CUUCAGCCAUGGAGGAAGAUUUCUUAGAUGCACUAGCUGUCCACGAAGAACGCAUUUAUAAAACCACUUAUAACGAAGCGUUUCAGAAAGCACUGCAUUCUCCAUCACAUUCUUGCGAAGACCAGGAUACCGAUGAGGAUAAGCACCUACUUCACAACGCGUGGCGAGCUGGUGUAGAGCUUGGUGCUCAUUUGGCCUCAGAAUUGUGUUGCUACUAUGGGAUGGUGAGCGAGUUACUCUAUCUGGAUGGUAAGGCACCCGCGUCGCAAUCGUGUGGAAUGUCUCCUGUGGACAGUCCGAAGCGUGACGUAGCUAUCUGCCGCACGUCCCGUGAGUUACACGCAUUGUUGACUGUGUCACCUGGACUGCUUCACUUUGGCCCGGAUGGAUCGCCCAUUUCGAUGAAGGUGGUACAAGACACAUUUGAGGAAGACAUUGCUCGAAUUCGGAGCAAAGCCAAAGUGCUUUUCAGUCUACUCAAUAUGCCCAUGACGACGAAUUUGGUAACGACUUUGAGUUUCUAAAGCACAUAUUACCCGUCUUCAAUCGAUAUCCAUUUGUUAGCAUUCCCCUUAAAGCAUUUUGCUGUGAUGUACCUCCAUUCCUCCUGUAUGAGUGUUUUCUCUCCAGUUUUUUUUGCUCUGUGCUUACAUAUGAAGCAGCUUGUCUCUGUUCGAAUUACACGGCUGUGGUUGUGCGGUACCUGCUUUUAUCCUGAAUUUACCACACAAUCGGAUUGUAUCCGCAGGACCGAUCACGUUACUCGGCGAAUGCUGAAUACUGUAUGUGGAAGCAAGUAGAAGUUUAUAUCUGUACAACUCCAUCGCAAUAUAAUCAAA